AUGGGUUCCAUCGGGCCUGACCAUCAUGACCCGCAGUUAGCAACUGCUUUAUCCAGCAAUGAAGCGGCAGAUAUGGCCACUCUAGAUUGUUCAAAGCUAAAGGGAUCUCCCUCAGAGCGAAGUGCGGCUCUUAAACAACUUGACGAAGCCCUCCAGAGCUACGGCUUCAUCUACCUUGCCAACCAUGGUGUCUCACAGACACUCUUUGACGAAGCAUUUGCAUGGAUAAACUCAUACUCCGAGCGCUUCUUUGACCUCGAUUCUUCUACCAAGAAUAUGAUUGCUCGUCCGGCCAGCGAGUCCCUGGAUGAUCACUAUGGGUACGCCGCGUACGGCGUUGGGCACAUCAGCCAACUAGUCUUCGGGGAAGAAGAGGUCGAAAAGCAUCACGCUGCCUCCCCUGACCACAAAGAGACGCUGGAAGUCGGCAACCCACACGAGCCAUGUGGAAGCGGCCCUAACCGCUGGUUGCCAGAGGACGUCUUCCCAGGCUUCCGGCAGUUCUAUGAAGUAUUCUGGGACGCAUGCAACGAAGUGGAGAAAUCACUGCGCCAGGCGCUCUGCGAAAUUCUGCGAAUCGAUAUUAACACCCUCUGUCGGAAGCAGUCGCUCAACUUCGGGCACAUCAGUUUUCUGCACUACCCUCAGAUGGCCGUCAAGUCGCAAGACGGCAAAGACCUUCAACGACUGAACGCGCACACAGACUACGGCAGCUUGACGCUCGUAUUCCAGGAUAACGUCGGGGGAUUGGAGGUCCACGACGGACAGCUGUUUCGACCCGUCACUCCCAAGACGGGGACCAUCGUCGUCAACGUCGGCGAUAUGCUGGAACAACAAUCGAAUGGCCGGUGGAAGAGCGCCUUGCAUCAGGUAGUCGGUCCUAGGAAAGAGACAAUGGGGGAGGGGCUCCAGACGUCCAAGACUGUUCUCGAUCGAUACUCCAUCGCAUACACUGGAGCAGUAGACCCAGAGGUGAUCAUUGAAACAUUGCCCGGAUGCGAGGUACCGGGUCGAUGGAAACCUAGCAUGGCGGAUUGUGACGAGGAGAAGCCGGUCACCUCAUAUGAGUGGCUCCAGAAAAGAGUAGCAGCAGAGUAUCACCAGACUUAA